UCCCCUUUCACAGUUCAGUCACAGUCUGUCUUUAAGUUGAUCUUUCAGCAAGAUGGAGGUUGACUGAGUAGACUUCACUAAAGUCAGGUUUGAUUUAAUAUCUGCUGGUACUUGGAGUCCAUCAUACCUUGUAUCCCAACAGGCCUUUGGAAGAACAACUGCCACAGAACAUCAAAGAUCUACCACAAUACUUCACAUUGGAGAUGAGUUUUACCUCUAACAGGUCACUUCAGAAGUCCAAAAGUUUCACCAGCAAGCACGGACUGACCUUUUUCCUUCAUCCAAUUAUUUGGUAUGACAGCCAUAUUCAGCCUAGAAGGAACAGUCCUGGCCAUUUUGACUUUGACAUCGUUCAGUGUCUUCUGUGUUUUCUGUCUGUGGUAUAAGAGGAAAACCAAAAUUAUACAUGAAGAGAAUCAAAUUUACGACCCUCAAACAUUCCAACGCGAAGGCAGCAGAUUUGCAGUAAUGCGCUCUAAAACAGUCACACGACACAAUCAAAUUAUAAGAGACCUUCCACCAACACCAGCGGAACAAACACCAGAAGAGGUGAAUGAUGAGCAGCCCAAAUAUCUAAAUGUUGCAAAAGCUCAGAUCACAAGUUUUGAACCAACAUAUGUCCAUCCAAUCCCAGCAUUAAUUUACCAGAAUGUUGAGGAGAGUAUAAAUGCGAAGACCAUGAAUUCAGAAACUGAUAUUGACCAACCAUAUGAGAACGUGUUUCCAUCUAUUGAGGCAAUCACUAACUCUGAUGGGUCAGAUUACGAGAACACUGAAUUUCUGGAGCAAGCAAAGAUGGAGUUAGAGGAUAGUGAACCAGAUUACGUGAACGACACUGACUGAUGUAAAACCUCACACUCUAUGAGGGGAUACUCUACCAGAUGUCUAUAGGAAUGGACUUUUCUCCCAAUCUUCAUUGAGAUGUAUGGAAUACUGAUGUGUAGCCUAUGUAAAUGUGAUUUAGCAUUGCUUUUUUAGGGUAAACCCCCAAUGUUAUUACUUUAUCAUAAAGUUGGUCUAAAAAGGUAAGAAAAAAACAAUGAACUGUACAUGAUUGUUGGAUUGUUACCAAUUAUAAUCUUAGUGCGGGUUAUUUUCUGUUUCAACCAGAAAAUAACUGAAAACCAGUGGCAUGGUUAGGCCUGGGCGUCUGGGGUUAUAGACACUGGAUCUCAAAUUGACCAGUGUCUGCUAUAAUAUACUCUUAAUUUUACUAAAUAGUAUUAUAUUUUUUCGACUUUCAUUAUUUAUCUCUAUGGUAACCCGCAGAGGCGUUGCUAGGAUCACAAUAUAUUCAGGGCUUGGCCCCCCUCCCCUCCCCCUUCUCCCGGGACAGAAAGUACAGGGUUUUGAAUGUACAUGAGGAAAAUGUCCAUGUACAUCCUAGCAGCCUACACGUCUAGAUUGUCAUAACGCGUGAUCGGAAUUAUAGAUGAAUAGAUCGGGGGUAUUUUUUUAUUAUUCGAAUUUUUUGGUCAAUUUGAUAUCCGGGGCAAAUCAUAAAAGAUCCGGUGCUAUAGCCCUGAACGCCCAGGCCUAACGAUGCCACUGGUAACCCGUUCCAAUAUCUUUCCAAUAUCUUUGAGUCCCCCCUUCCCCGAAAAAUGGUUGAGUCCCGCAGUCCGCCUGCACCUGUCACCGUACUGCGCCCCCACCCUUCCAGGGAAAACACAGUGCGUCUCUCCUUGUUAUGAUGUUUUAUCAACUGAGCAGUCAGGAUCUCACUUGAUUAGCCUAGCAGUAAUGAAAUAAGGUACUGCUGCACAUUUUCUACUAAACGUUACAAAAUGUAAUUUAGUAAAUUAAUCCUGCAUUAGCAGCAGCCAUUUAGAAUAGCUAAAUAAUGUCUGAUAUCAUCUGCUAGCUGAUGUAAUGCAAUCGUAAAUAUUAUUAUUGAAGUUCUCCAACUAAUUGGAAAAUGUCAAAAUGAUGCCUUUUCUUGUCUAAGAAUGUUAACAUUGUUUACAGGUUUAUCAUUAAAAAUGUAUUUUGUCUGUGUUUUGCAAUGGACAUAGUGGUCCUAGACCCAACAACGUGUGACGUCACUUGGAAUCUGAUACCUUAUAAGGAAGACUAUAUGGACAGAAUGUUAGCUUUAAAUUUUGCCGAUUUGUUAAACAAUUUUACCUUUUGUAUAGCUCAAAAGUUGGAACAGUGUCAAGGGCAGUAACGUGUGUUGCGAAGCAGAAGGCUGCGGGUUCGAGCCCAGUGUGUGCCCCACCAUGGGAGCGAACCAACAGCGGAGUAAGCUUUAACUGUUAAUCAGCACCACGUUGAAAACAAGCUAUAUAAAAGGUACCCAUCUAAGGUAACAUUCUGUAUUAGCUUACAAAUUUGGAAGGUUGUCAUAGAGGCGAAGCAGUGGACCGUGAGUUAGAGUUUAGUGUGGCACUGGCGAAACCACCGGGGUGGCAGCUAAAAAGUAAUUAUUGUGUCUGCUGUAAUAUAUUCAUAUUUAAUUUUAUUGAAUAGUAUUAUAUUAUUUCUACUUUUGUUGUUAAUCUCUAUGGUAACCCGUUCUAAUAUCUUUGAAUCCCCCCUUCCCCGUAAAAUGGUUGAGUCACAGAGCUGCUACCACUCACUUCCUGUGAAAAUAUCAGGCGUGGGUCCAUGGUACUCUAUGCAACUGAGCAGUCAGGAUCGCACUAGACUUGCCUAGCAGUAAUGAAAGAAGGUACUGCUGCACAUGUUUAAUAAAUAUACGAUACAAAAUGUAAUCUUAUAAUCUUGUCUGAUAUCGUCUACUAGGUAAUGUAAUGCAAUUGUCAAUAUUAUUAGUGAAGUUCGCUAACUAGUUGUAAAAUUGUAAAUUUUGCGAGCUAGGAAAUUUGCAGAUGAAGUAGCUUGCCAUCAUUGCCAUGUAAUUAUUGUCCUGAUAGCUAGCAACGGGGCAUUGAACAAUGUUGAGGUAACUUAUGGAUAAUUAAAUGGUUAAUGUCAUCUGUGGAGAAAGUUAUAGACAUCUAUAUAACUUCAACAAAAUGUGAUGUGUGGUCAUAUGUGAUUAACAGUUGUAAUUUAAAGGUUGUUAGUAUAUUAAAUUGCUAAUCUAUAACCC